AUGGAUCAAGACUCUUUGGCCCGUUUCCUGGAGAUUGCGGAGGCCCAAACACAACCCGGCAGCCCAGUGCGAUCUGAGCCCAGCUGCAUCUUUGCCUCCGUCCUGGCCAUUGGUAAUGCCGGAGGAGAGGAGGAUGAAGAUGCCGCCUGCAUCCAAGAGGUUGAGUUGAUCGAGGAAGCAGCCAUCCGGGCAGGAGUGACAAAGUGCAAUCUAUUGAAGAAUCCGCUGCGCGAUGGGUUUCUGGACGCCAUUGAUGAUUUCAUUCUUGACAUGUGCACGGUUGGGUCUGAGGGCUCAGCUCAUUUGUUCUACUACGCUGGGGAUGGCUGCGAGAUACAGUGCUUCCGCUUCAUUCCGAUAGAUGCGACAAGGCCAGAUAGGGAUUACAUCGCGCUUGGAGAUAUCAUGGAGAGGAUUGACGAAAAAGUCCAGGGCCGCAGCAUCGUCUUCUGCAUUGACGCCUGCCGCAAUAACCCUGACAAGGAGACCGUCCGAGAUAAGUUCGACAACGAGCGCGGGAGCAAAAACAGAUAUUUUCUCCUGUUUCGCACUUCAGCUGGAAAUGAGAUUAACGAGUUGAAGGAGGAAGAAUGCCUCUCAGUCUUUGCGCAGACAGUCCGGGAGUUCAUUCCGGAGUUGCACCAAUCUGAGAUGAUUCCAGAUUGGAUUGAACAGAUCACGCAGGCUAUCAGGAGCAAAGAACCGCGAGAAGACCCAUGGUACCUCUGCAGCCCCCCAGUUCCCGGCUCCUUCCGCAGCGUCCGCAGCUACUCCGCCAGUAGCAGCUCCUCUAGGUCUCCAAUGCCUGGGACUGCCAACUGCUCCAAGGGCUACAGCAUCUUUCCGGAGAGGCACAGCCCUGCGAUCAGCCCACUGGACCCUCAAGAUCCGGACCAAUUCUACGAGGUCACCGACAUUCGCAAGGCGCACCGACGGCGAGUUAAUCGCAUGACGGCCUCCACGGUAGACAUCGCCUGUAUCAUCCUCGGGAGCACGGAAGGCAGAUCGGCGGCAGAUGUCCAGAGAGACUUCGCCAUACGGGGCAUGGGCCCCAACUAUCUGAUCACGCUCGAAGGCCGCCGGACAGUCCUGGUCCGGGAGGAGUUUUGUGCCUGGGACUACAACCUGGCCUGCUGGCAUGCGGAGGAAGUGGGGGGAGUCGGGCACAUCCCCGGCACCGGCAAAAUCAACGAGGUGAAGUCCUACUCAGUGUCGAUCGCCUUGGAAGGCGAUGGCGAGGAGCCUUACACAGAUGCACAGUACAGCAACCUCAUCAAGCUGCUGAAGAACCUCAUCACGACAUACCAGGUGAAACUCUGGAACGUGGUGGGUGCUGGGGAGAUCAUGCAGCCUCCACCCAAGGCACCCCAACCCGGCCCCUGCUUCGA